AAAGCCCAUUCCAACCUUUUCUCUCUCUCUCUCUGCAUCGUCAUCCUUUUGUUUUAGCUGUAUAUUCCAGAAUCCAAAAAUGUUUAUCUCCAAACAUAACCACUACGUAUAUAUUAAUUUCCCGAAUUUCCUCUGCCUCUUAAAAGCCUCCUCGGCCUUUUCUCUCACUUCCUCUCAUAUUUUCCGUGACUAGCUUCCAUUUUUCUCCUCCUCUCUCCUCCGAGUCGGCGCCCCCAGUUUCUUGCGCUUAGUCUUAUAAUUGAUGCUCAAAGAGGCUGAUGAGCGUGCUGCUGCUUUAUUUUUGCAUUGGAUUUGAGCGGUGAAAAGUGGAAUUUGAGAAGUUCUAUUCGAUUUGAUAGUCUGCUGGUUUUAGAGAGAGAAGUUCGGAGAGAGAAAGAGAGAGAGAGACAGAGAUGGAAGGGGAAGAUGUUGUGAAGAAAAUAACGAUUGGCGUUUGUGUGAUGGAAAAGAAGGUGAAAUGCGGCGCCGAGGUGUUUUCAGCACCAAUGAGACAGAUCCUCGACAGGUUAGAAGCAUUUGGUGAAUUUGAGAUUAUAUAUUUUGGGGACAAGGUCAUUAUUGAAGAUCCAAUUGAAAGCUGGCCUAUAUGUGAUUGCUUGAUCGCCUUCUAUUCCACUGGCUAUCCUCUUGAUAAGGUUGAGGCUUAUGCUGCUUUAAGAAAACCUUAUCUUGUAAAUGAGUUGGAGCCGCAACAUCUGCUUCACGACCGAAGGAAGGUUUAUGAGCGUCUUGAAAUGUUUGGAAUCCCAGUACCAAGGUAUGCCCUCAUAAACAGAGAAGUACCAUAUCAAGAACUGGAUUAUUUUGUUGAGGAAGAAGAUUUUGUUGAGGUUCAUGGUAGCCGUUUCUGGAAACCUUUCGUGGAGAAGCCUGUUCUUGGGGACGAUCAUCGUAUAAUGAUAUAUUAUCCUAGUUCAGCUGGUGGUGGAAUGAAGGAAUUGUUUAGGAAGGUUGGAAACCGAUCCAGUGAGUUCCAUCCAGAGGUUAGAAGAGUGAGACGUGAAGGAUCCUAUAUAUAUGAGGAAUUCAUGCCUACUGGAGGAACAGAUGUCAAGGUAUAUACAGUUGGUCCUGAAUAUGCACAUGCUGAGGCAAGGAAGUCUCCUGUUGUUGAUGGUGUUGUCAUGAGAAACCCUGAUGGCAAGGAAGUUAGGUAUCCUGUGUUACUAACACCAGCAGAGAAGCAAAUGGCAAGAGAGGUUUGCCAUGCAUUUAGACAAUCGGUUUGUGGAUUUGAUCUUUUGCGAUGUGAGGGGCGGUCAUAUGUUUGUGAUGUGAAUGGAUGGAGUUUCGUGAAGAACUCCUACAAGUAUUAUGAUGAUGCGGCUUGUGUACUUAGGAAGAUGUUUUUAGAUGCUAAAGCUCCUCAUCUUUCUUCAGCAAUUCCACCAACUUUACCUUGGAAAGUCAAUGAACCAAGCCAGCCUACUGAGGGAUUAACUCGUCAGGGAAGUGGGAUUAUUGGUACAUUUGGGCAGGCUGAGGAGCUGCGAUGUGUUAUUGCUAUUAUUCGCCAUGGUGAUAGAACUCCAAAACAAAAGGUGAAGCUGAAGGUUACUGAGGAAAAGCUGCUAAACUUGAUGUUGAAGUACAACGGCGGACGACCUAGAUCUGAAACAAAACUGAAAAGUGCUGUCCAAUUGCAAGAUCUGUUGGAUGCCACUCGGAUGCUUGUGCCUCGUAAUAGACCAGGUAGAGAAAGUGAUAGUGAAGCUGAAGACUUUGAGCAUGCCGAAAAGCUUCGUCAAGUUAAAGCAGUUCUUGAAGAGGGAGGGCAUUUCUCUGGAAUUUAUAGGAAAGUUCAACUAAAGCCUCUAAAGUGGGUUAAAGUAACAAAAAAUAAUGAAGGCGAGGAAGAACGGCCUAUUGAAGCUCUAAUGGUUCUUAAAUAUGGAGGUGUCCUAACCCAUGCAGGCAGGAAGCAGGCUGAAGAACUUGGUAGAUAUUUCCGAAAUAAUAUGUAUCCAGGUGAGGGAACCGGCCUGCUUCGCCUACAUAGUACAUACCGUCAUGAUCUUAAAAUCUACAGUUCUGAUGAGGGUCGUGUGCAGAUGUCUGCAGCUGCAUUUGCCAAAGGCCUCCUUGAUCUUGAAGGUCAGCUGACACCGAUCCUGGUUUCCCUUGUAAGCAAGGACUCCUCUAUGUUGGAUGGACUUGACAAUGCCAGUGUAGAGAUGGAAGAAGCGAAGGCUAGAUUGAAUGAGAUUAUAACUUCUGGUGUAAAGACUGUUCAUAAUAACGUAUCAUCCCCUUGGAUGGAUGAUGGAGCUGGGCUUCCUUCGAAUGCUUCUGAGCUUUUACCCAAAAUGGUAAAAUUAACUAAAAAGGUUACUGAACAAGUAAGGCUGCUAGCCAAGGAUAAAGAUGAAGAACUUGCAGAGAUAGGUUCAUAUGAUGUGAUUCCUCCAUAUGACCAAGCAAAGGCCCUUGGUAAGACUAAUAUUGAUGUUGAUCGUAUUGCUGCUGGAUUACCUUGUGGUAGUGAGGGAUUCCUUUUAAUGUAUGCUCGCUGGAGAAAGCUUGAAAGAGACUUAUAUAAUGAACGCAAAGAACGGUUUGAUAUCACACAAAUCCCAGAUGUCUAUGACUCGUGCAAAUAUGAUCUUCUGCAUAAUGCACAUCUGAACCUAGAAGGAUUGGAUGAGCUCUUCAAAGUUGCUCAGUUACUUGCUGAUGGAGUCAUCCCGAAUGAAUAUGGAAUCAAUCCAAAGCAGAAGCUCAAAAUUGGCUCAAAGAUUGCUCGUCGUUUAUUGGGUAAAAUUCUGAUUGAUCUGAGGAAUACUCGUGAAGAAGCCAUCAGUGUUGCUGAAUUAAAGAGUAACCAGGAUCAUCAACCCUCAAAGCUGACACAGGGUGAAAAAGAAGAUGCAGAGUGUCAACCAAAGCUUUGUAUUAAGAACGAUGACUUUCGAAAAUCAAGCAAUGCUAGUGAUUUACCAAAGCUUCACAUCAAGAAUGAUGAUAUGAGAAGAUCUAGUACCACAAGCGAUAAAUCAAUGGAUCAGGAUGAUGACGAUGAUAAGGAGACCAAAUAUCGUUUGGAUCCAAAGUAUGCAAAUGUCAAGACACCUGAACGGCAUGUGAGGACACGCCUUUACUUUACAUCAGAAUCACAUAUUCAUUCUCUCAUGAAUGUUCUUCGAUACUGUAACUUGGAUGAAUCUCUUCAAGGAGAGGAUAGCCUUGUGUGCGAUAAUGCUUUGGAGCGUUUAUAUAAAACGAAGGAGCUUGAUUAUAUGAGUUACCUUGUGCUCAGAAUGUUUGAGAACACAGAGGUAGCUCUAGAAGACCCAAAAAGAUUCCGCGUUGAGAUGACUUUUAGUCGAGGUGCAGAUUUAUCCCCCUUGGAGCAGAAGGAUGACAGUGAGGCAGCUUCAUUGCAUCAGGAGCACACAUUGCCUAUAAAUGGUCCAGAAAGGCUGCAAGAAGUUGGAUCAUAUCUUACAUUAGAGAAGAUGGAGAAAAUGUUUCGGCCAUUUGCCAUGCCAGCCGAAGACUUUCCUCCCCCAUCAACACCUGCUGGCUUCUCUGGCUAUUUCUCAAAAAGUGCAGCAGUGCUUGAGCGCCUUGUAAAUCUCUGGCCGUUCCAUAAGCAUGCAAAUUCAAAUGGAAAGUAACAGGUAUCUUCACCUUGUUUUCCCUUUUUUUUUUUUUUUUUUUUUUCCCCUCAUAUGUUCCAGUUCCUGUCGUCUUAACAUAAGUGGAACUUUUGGUUGGUUCAAUAACACAAGCCAGUUUUGAGCUCUUUUGAAGAAAAAAAAUUUUGGAAGUCUGACACCUUUCAGUGACAAACAGUCGUGUUGGAAGUAACCAUGGAUAAUCUGAACUGAUUUAUUCCUGCUCUUUUUCUCUCUCUCUAUCUGUAUUUUUCUUCUAUUAAAUGUGAAUAACAAUUUCCAUAAUUUGACGUCACUACAUAUGUGUAAUAUUCUUUUGACGAGGAAUAAUUUAAACAGGCCUUGUGUAACGUCUAUCGUGAUGAGGUGCUUAUUCGUUGCUUGAAGUUUCCUAUA